AUGUCCUCAAUAAAUACCGGUCCAUCCUCCCAAACAAGAAGCCAAAACUCGCUCAAUAAGCACUUUGAGAGGCAAAGCGAUGAGGAGGCCAGGCUUGGUAACGGUUUGGAGCCACAUGCAUCAGAAAAUAGCUCGAGAGUACGUCCAUCGCGCUCGGGUGCCACGAAUGCCUCAGACUUGCCCGAGAUUAACCAGGAACUUGCUGAUAGCGAAGACGAGGAUGAAUUCAUACGUAAAUUUGGAGACAUUGAGUUCCAAUACAUUAAACCCCCAAAAGAUAGCUUUUGGUUCAUAAAGCCACAUGCAUUGAACUACUUCAAGGAUGGUGUUUUGUUUCGCACAAAGGGUGAAAGAACAUCAAGUAGAUUGGAAUUGUUUCUUGACCUUUUAUAUGUGGGUUUGAUUGCCAACCUUGCAAGUGAGGCUACUGAGGACGCAGGUGGCUUGGCAUUGUUGAAAUACGUAUUAUUCUUUUUCCCCAUCUGGACUGUUUGGUCAGAUAUCAAAGACUUUAUCAACUACUACUACAAUGAAGAUCUCAGCCAAAAGCUCUACAUCUUUUGGAUCAUAUGUUUGCUUACAUUGUAUGUCAACAGUCACUAUGGAGUGUUGGAGAGCUACAGCAAGGCAGCCGUAGUUAUUGUACCUUAUAUGCUAUGCAGACUUUCAUUGGCAGUUUCAUUGGUGGUCUAUUCCUUCCAUGUCCCCGAGCAUAGAGUACAACAAAUACUUUUUUCAGCGUCACUUUUAGUAACCUCAUUGUGCUGGUUGGCAGUGAUAUUUGUACCUGUUCGAGUGAAGAUUGCAUUGUCAUUUGUAUUUUUUGCGCUCGAGCAAAUUUGCUACAUAAUUGCUUAUCAUCCAUGGACAAAGAAACUUUUACAACUUAAUACGUCAACAGCUUUGAACAUCGAGCACAUAGUGGAGCGUUACAGCACAUUCGUAACCAUUGCAAUUGGUGAAUUUCUCUACAAAGUUGUCGCCACUGGUUCCUUGGGUGUGGGUUUCAGUGCCAAAUACGCCCGUGGUGUUUUUUUGAUUGCCGAUGCAUACUGUCUUUUUUGGCUCUAUAUAUACGGAGGUACUUCACAACGAGCCGUUCAUCCUUUGCGUCAUAGUGGAUGGCAUGCCGUAACUUUUAUUUACACCCACCUCCCAUUGAUUGCAGCAUUGGUCUUGGCUGCGGAUGCUGGUGGUGAUCUCUGCGCUCUAGACAAUACUAGUACAAAGAAACACAGCGGAACAGAGUUGCACGAACGAGCAGAGGAACUGGAAGAAGAACGCAACAUGUAUGCCUUGGCUUUCUUCUAUGGUGGCGGUAUUGGUGUUUCGUUGUUUUGCAUGUUUAUUCUCGGUUUGAUUGAAAAAAGUAGAGACGAACCAGGUUUGUUCAUCAUAGGUCAAAAGGCUAGAAUUGCAUGGAGAUUACCGAUUGCCAUCAUUAUCAUUAUGAUUUGCUUUGCUGAAAUGAAUUCAACUUUGCUCAUGGGUAUUGUCACCAUGUUGUUGUUGAUCUUGUUGGUUUUUGAAAGUUUUGUUGCCACACCACGAAGUUCAUUAUUUGGAUUGGGAAGAAAUAACCACUAA